AUGGUAGAUAUAAUGAACGCCAGGCACGUAUUCGAGACGCGUUGUCUAUCUACAAUCUGUGUUUUUUCCUAUUUUGUGCUGCUUUUCAUACAUCGUUAACAAAUCCAAGCAAAAACGUGACAAGGAAAUCCUAUGGCUUGCUAACAAUGUUUGCUACCAAGCUAUCGGCUAAGCUAACUAGCAAACCACAGCUAAGAGGGAUAUUAAUCUGACUGCAUUCGACUUUUCCAUCGGAUGGAAUUUUGGCAUGAACAUCGAUUAUAUAACAUAGUUUUAGAUAGUAGGUAAAGAUCUCGUAAUAUUAGUUAUUUUAUCAGACAGCAAAUUUUGGCCUCUUAUGCGGAUUCCGCUUGAUGACGGUCUAAGGAGCCUCAAGAUUGCCUGUUUUUCCCUGCCAGACAAGAAUGAAUAACAAAAGAACACAAGAACAGAAGAGACUAGCAGAUGAGAAAAUAUGGUUAAGAUGCAAAUGAACUAGAGCUUGCAGUUACCCACCACUGGAUCCAGUAUGUGUGAGGUCCAGGCAACUGUGGAAUUUUCUGUAGAGCUCCACAAGUUUUACAAUGUGGAUCUAUUCCAGAGAGGGUUUUAUCAGGUCCGUGGGAAUAUGAAACUACCUCCUCGGAUCCCUCACAAAAUAGAGACCAGUCUUCUUCAUCCCACAAGUUCAAAUAUGGACAUUCCUGCAUCAGUGCAAGAUGAUGUCAUCUACAGCAAAACCUUUCAGAUUCUCUACAAGAAUGAGGAAAUAGUAGUUAACGAUGUUCUUAUAUUUAAGGUGAUGAUGUUACUAGAUGAGAAGAAGGUUGAAGAGUCUCUAAAUGAUAUGGAUUUUCAGCUUUCUCUAGAACUCUACUUUGCAGAUGGUGACUGCAUGCCGGAGGAUCCUAGGUCACUGCAAAAUAUCAGCAGUCGGACACUACAACUGCAUUUUAGUCUCCACAGAGGCGUGCACCAGCACAUCAAUGUCAUGUUUGACUACUUUCACCUAUCAAUCAUCUCAGUGACCAUCCAUGCUUCUCUGGUGGCACUGCAUCAACCCCUCAUUAGUUUCCCCCGGCUUGGGAAAAGCACCUGGCUAAACCGCAGUGUACCAGCACAGGGCAAAGAUUUCAUGAUCCCCACACUGGAGACUGUAGUAUUUGGCUGCACCUAUGUGAAACAGAUGUCCUCAGAUGGCAAGACCUUCCUGGUUUCAGAUCAAUGUCUUCAGCAUGCCUUCAACUUGCACCACAGCCUGUGUGCCAGCUUGCUGGUGGCCUACCAGGGCCUCUUUGAGUACUUCAUGGCUCUUACAAAGAGCCUCUCUUCCUCUCAUCGCAUGGAGCUUGCCAAGCCCAGCAUGCAAGUCCUUUAUGAGCGAGUUCUAAGAAGACCUUUUCCCAGGGGCCAAAGGCACAUCCACAUAGAAAAACCAGAUGUUGAAGCCCGUCUUCAUGAGCUUUGCGAACAUGUAAAGCAAAAGGCAGAGAGCCCAGAUGAGCUUGCUGAACUAGUUAAUAUGAAUCUUGCACAGUUAUGUUCUUUGCUGAUGGCUCUGUGGGGUCAGUUUCUGGAAACAGUUUCUCUGAAUGAAAAUGUUAUGACACUAUUGGCCCAAGAACAUCAUAUUCUUAGGGUACAGAGAUUUUCUGAGGCUUUUUUUUGUCUUGAGCACCCUAGACAGGCUGCACUAGCAUUCCAGGAGUUGCAUGCACAUAGCCAGCAACAGAUGAUUGGAGUCAUUAAGAACUCAUCGUACUAUCUUUCUCUACCACCACUUCCUGUGGAAUGUGCUGAACUGGAUGGGGAUGUCAGCUCCCUCCCAAUCAUCUUUGAGGAUCGAUAUCUGGAAUGCAUUAAAGAGGAUCAUGAUGGUCCAUGGCUUGGUCUACCCAAACCCAGGAAUGGAUCUGGGCCUACUAAACCAGAUAAACCUGUUUUAAAAGAGCUCAGUGUUGGCAGAGAAGGUUCUGUUAGUUCCUACCCAGAACCCCAUCUACCUGCUUUAGACACUAAUUGGCACAAGGACAAUGAACCUCCAGUAAAAUCCAAGGCCAAGUCCAUCAAACUAAAGAAGAACAUUAAGACUGAGAACUCUAAAAAGCUAAUCAAACAGUGCUCCAAGGACUGUGUGAUUUUGACUGGCUACAAGAACCUGAAGGUGAACCAUGAUGAACCAGAUGGCAAGUCUAAAGGAGACUUUAAGUGCAGUGAGAAAGAGAAACAAGGAUAUUUGCUUGGAUAUCCCAGCAGCAGGUUAAGUUCCAUGUCCAAACACAUGAAUCAUUAUGACACUAGACUUUUCCAUGUGGAUCAUAUUAUGAAUAACAGUCAGACAGACGCUAUCAUUCAAAAUGACACUUUCACAAAUCUGACAAGCUCACACAUAGAGACAACCCCUGUAUCUGGAGCCACAGAAGGCAAAGCAACAGAGGAAUCCAAUAUUAUGGUCAUACCUGCUGGGUUCCAGCAUGUUGAGAACAGACCUAGUGUCAAGAAUCCCUGCCAAGGUGACAAGGUCACUGUCUUAUUUUCAAAACCCAGUAAUCAAACAUUGACACUACAGCCAGGCUUUCCAAAGAUUGCACAGAGAGAUUUCUGUGAAAUCAAAUCUCAACAAAGAGACAAUUUUGGUAACCAAGAUAUGGAUAUGGGGUCUGAGUGCGCUAUAACAAUGAGGAGCUACUGUUUACCAAGUGCAGCCUCAAAACUCUCAGAUUCAGGCAUUGAAAGUGAGCCUAGUUCAGCCACAUUGCUAGUACCAGGUCCUCAAACCAUUUCCAAUUUUGCUGAAGUGAAUCUAGACUGGGUCUCACUACAUUUUAAGCAGACCUCUACUAAGUGUCAAACUGUUGCUGUCAAGCCAUCUAAUCUCAGUAUUGUUUCAAAAGAGUCCAAUGGCCCAGAGGAGACAAACCCUGAGAGUACUAGUGGUGUGAGUGGCAUACAGUCUUCGCUAACCUCCAUAAAUUCACUUCCCUUAGAUGAUGAGAUGGAGGGAGAGGUUCCAUGUCGGGUAUCCAGUGUCAUUGUGCAAGAGCAGGCAUUGGUUUUUUCUGAUAAAUCUGAUAUCAGUAUCCCUAUUCAUGCCACCAGCCCGAGCAAAUCCUUAGCUAACCAAGAAGACUCUACUUGUCGUGGGAAUCCAGUGUCUCACAAAGAUGAGACUUCUGUUCUCCUGUCCCUUUGCAAAGCUUUUGCUUCUCACACUAUAUCUGAGUCUGCAAAAGUUAGAACCUCAGUGGAAGACGAUAUGGGGCUUCAAGUUGGCAUCGAUAUGCAAAAUGAUGAACAAUCUAGUACAUCAGCCACAAGCACCACAGACUUGGUAAAAAAAGGCUUAGUAGAGAACUAUUUUGGUUCAUACUCGAGUAAUGAUAUUUCUGAGAUAAGUCCAGAGGAAACACCAGCUAUUACAAUUGCCAUUCAGACAGAGGUCCAUUCCUCUGAAGAAGAAGAAGAUAGACCAAACCAUGAGAUGAUAGAAAAUGGCUACUAUGAGGAGACAGAUGAGCCAUUCUAUGUCAGUGGCAUGGCAGAAAAGAUGGGUAGAAGUGGAGAGGUGAAUGGCAGUGGGACUUCAACAGCUAGAAGCCCUUGUUAUAGAUAUAGGAAUUUGGAGCACCUUGGAAAUAUGCAUUUAUCUUGGAACUACCUGCAAACUCAACCCACCAAAUCACUGUGUACCAGUACAAUUUUGCGCUGGUAUGAGAGCUCCCCUUCUACCCAGGCGAAAGUAUUUGCUUUGGCAAGAGAGGAGCUGAAGAAGCUUAAACUGCCAGGAUUCCUGUACAGUGAAGUAGCUGAGUUGUCUUCAACUGUGCCAUAUUUUAGCCGGGAUGAGGAUGAGAGCUGUGAUGAGGGUGUUCACCUCGUUGUCUGUGUCCAUGGCUUAGAUGGUAACAGUGCAGAUUUAAGGCUGGUGAAGACCUACCUAGAGCUGGGCUUGCCUGGAGCUCAUAUAGAAUUUUUAAUGUCGGAGCGCAACCAGAAUGACACUUUUGCUGACUUUGAUUCUAUGACUGACCGACUAUUGGAAGAAAUUAUACAACAUGUACAAAUCUACAAUCUCAUAAUUUCUAAAAUAAGCUUUGUUGGUCAUUCACUUGGAAAUCUGAUAGUGAGAUCUGUCUUGACAAGACCCAGGUUUAAGGGCUAUCUUAACAGACUUCAUACCUUCCUUUCACUGUCUGGACCACAUCUUGGCACCCUCUACAACAGCUCAGCCCUUGUCAAUACUGGACUUUGGUUCAUGCAAAAAUGGAAGAAGUCUGGCUCACUAUUGCAGCUUACUUGCCGAGAUCACCCAGAUCCUCGGCAGACAUUUCUCUACAAGAUAAGCAAGAAAGCUGGGCUUCAGUUUUUUAGAAAUGUGGUGCUGGUAGGUUCUCUGCAGGACCGAUAUGUGCCCUAUCACUCUGCUCGAAUUGAGAUGUGCAAAACGGCCUUAAAGGACAAGCAGAUGGGGCCAGUAUAUGCUGAGAUGAUUGAGAACAUAUUAUUACCUGUUCUCCAAAAUAAAGACUGUAACCUGGUGCGAUACAACGUUGUGCAUGCGCUACCCAACACAGCCAACUCUUUAAUAGGACGGGCAGCCCACAUUGCUGUUUUGGAUUCUGAAAUAUUCCUGGAGAAGUUCUUCCUGGUGGCUGGAUUAAAGUUCUUUCAGUAGCUGCUUAGGACACAGGAAGAUGGCACAAAUACCUCCCAGCAUUAAAAUAGACAUUUUCAAUGAGAAGUCAUUUUCACCUCUCAAUGGCCUAUAAUGGUUCUUAAUAUUUAGUUUUCAUUCAGUUUUUUUUUUAAGUAUAUUCAGAAUUCGAGUUUUUGUGUUGCUAUGUUGAAAAUAUUUUAUAGUAUUCUGUUCAUUAUGGAAAUGGUUAAUUGUAUGUUGUAUGCAUUUCAGUGUUAUUUAAUUUUUUUUAUGUUAAAUGGGAAAUAAAGUCUGAAUUUGUUUGGCUAAACCUUGAUAACAAAUGUUAUGUGAAACCUUGAUAUUAAACUGGAAAUUUGACUGCUGAAAGAAAACAUAUUUGGCACAGCUUACUGAAGGGACACUUUUGUUGCAAAUAUUCAUGUUCAACAGAACAUAUAAGUAGUAACUGCUAUCCAAGCUGCAUUAGAUAUUUUUAAUCAGGAGUCAUUUAAGUACAUGCACUUUCUCAAAACAACUUUAUACUUUGAUUUUAUAUGAGGUAUUUUUCACCCAUUGCAAUAUUAUGCACAACACAUCAUCUUAACCUGUUAUUAUAUAUUACAUAGCCUUUUAACAUUGUGUUCACAUUUAAUUGUCAUUUUAAUUGGUUUCAGCUGAAUACACCUUGUUAGAUUUGAUUUUGUGUUUAAAAAAAGAGGUUAAGUUAUUAUCUGGUGCUAAUUUAUGCUUUUAAUCAAGAAAUUGUUAGCAAAAAGUGUAAAUGAAAUAUCAGUUUUAUUUUUUUUUAUAAUGGACUGAAAUAUCAUUAAAUAAGUCAAAUUAAAGUUUUUGUAUG